AUGAACAUAAAAAUCAACCAAGCUAGCUCACUGACUCAUCCAUCUCCGACCACCACCACCGCCAUGGCCUGCUCCUCCGCUCUCCUCCGCCACCACCCAACUCUCCUCCACCACACCCCGAAACCCCACUCCCCCAAGCUCUGCUCCACACCAAACCAACUCAACCCUCACCAAUCCCUCAAGCUCUCAUGGAAACAAGAGCUCAUCAAAACCUUCCCAAAAGAAAAGCCCUGCACCCCAGAUCCAAAUCUGCUAAACACUGAUGACAUAAUAGAAAUGGAUGAGGAGAAGCUAGAAGAAAUGGUGGACAAGAGGUGUGUGGACAAUGUGAGAAUGCUGAUAUUGGAUUCUGUGAACCAUGCCAAAGCUGGGCAUCCAGGGAUGGCUCUGGGAAUGGCUGAAGUUGGGUUUUAUUUGUACAGGCAUGUCAUGAAGUUUAAUCCCGAGAAUCCCGGGUGGUUCAAUAGGGAUAGGUUUGUUUUGAGUGCUGGACAUGGCUGUUUGCUUCAGUAUGUUUGUCUCCAUCUUGCCGGCUUCCAAUCUGUUCAGAUCGAAGACCUUCAACGUUUAUGCAAGCUAGGGAGUCGAACCCCUGGGCACCCGGAGAAUGUGGUGACAGAUGGAAUUGAAAGGGUUGCAUUCUGUUUAGGUCCCCUGGGACAAGGUGUAGCAAAUGCGGUUGGUCUUGCCCUGGCUGAAGCUCAUUUAGCAGCUCGGUUCAAUAAACCUGAUGCUGUCAUCGUUGAUCAUAGAACAUUUUGCAUAAUGGGAGAUGGGUGUGCAAUGGAAGGUAUAGCACACGAGGCGGCUUCGCUUGCCGCUCAUUGGAAACUCAACAAGCUUAUGCUAAUCUAUGAUGAUAACCAAAAUACAAUUGACGGAGGCACUGAUCUUGCAUUUUCUGAAAAUAUAUCUGCACGAUUUGAGGCUCUUGGUUGGAAUACAAUCACGGUCAAUGACAUUCAUGAAAACAUCAGAUCAUUCAAGAAUGCGCUUCAAGAUGCCUUUAAUGAAACCGGGAAACCGACAUUCAUCCGGGUGAAAACUGUAAUAGGGAAAUUGUCAAAGAAAGAAGGAACAUCAAAAGCUCAUCAUGGUACUUUCGAUGAAGAUGAUACAAGACAUAUGAGGGCGAGAGUUUGUUGGGAUGACCGUGAGCCUUUUCAUGUCAUUCCCAUGUUAUAUAAAGAAAUGAAAGCGAAAGCAGAGAGUGGAAAGUUGUUGGAGAAGAAAUGGCUUUCUAAGCUUAAUUAUUUCCAAAGCAAAUACCCUGAUGAAGCGGCCCAGUUUAAACUCUUACUUAGCGGUGGCAUGGUUCCUGGCUGGGAGUACUCAUUGCCGACAUGGUCAACAUCUGAUCCACUAGAUGCUACUCGAGGUUAUUCGGAAAAAUGUUUGAAUAAUCUUGCAAAGCUGCUUCCGGGACUAAUUGGUGGAAGCGCAGAUCUUGCAACCUCUAAUAAAGCUUAUCUUCAUGGCUACGAAGAUUUCCAGCAACCAAAAUCCCCAUGGGGACGCAACAUUCGUUAUGGAGUGAGGGAGCAUGCAAUGGCUGGAAUAUCAAAUGGUAUGGCAUUGCACGGAAGCGGAUUAAUACCAUUUGCAGCCACUUUUCUCACCUUCUCAGAUUACAUGAAAAAUGCUAUUCGUCUCUCUGCAUUAAGCCACGCCGGAGUUAUAUACAUAAUGACUCAUGACUCAAUUGGCCUUGGGGAAGAUGGACCAACCCACCAACCGGUGGAGCAGCUGGCUGGCCUAAGAGCAGUUCCUCGCCUGCUAGUUUUUCGACCAGCUGACGGGAAUGAGACUGCUGGAGCUUAUAAAGUGGCAGUUGCAAAUCGUGACAGGCCUAGUCUUAUUGCAUUGUCAAGGCAAAAGGUGGCAGCAAACAUAGAAGGAACAUCUGCUGAUGCAGUUGAAAGAGGUGGGUACAUAGUCAGUGACAACUCAGGAAAUUCACUUCCUGAGCUUAUAUUGAUCGGGACAGGAUCCGAACUAUGUCUUUGUGAAGGGAGCGCUGAUGCCUUGCGAAAAGAAGGGAACAAAGUGAGGGUUGUAUCCUUAGUUUGUUGGAGGCUUUUUGAUAUGCAGCUAGAGGAAUACAAGGAGAAUGCACUGCCUUCAUGUGUGGCAAAGCGGAUGAGCGUUGAGGCAGGCUCUCCGAUUGGUUGGAGAGAGUAUGUGGGAGACAGAGGAAUGGUGGUAGGAGUCACAGAUUUCGGGAGGAGUGGUGCAUAUUUGGAUACAUUCCAGGAAUUUGGCUUUACAGAAGAGAAUGUCACAAAAAUUGCCAGGUCACUCUUAAACAGUUGAGGUCUAUGUAGAGUUGGGAGAAAUUGCGAAAUCUCUGGAAAUAAUAUGCAUCAAGCUAGGCAUGAGGUACAGUAUGCUGAAUUUCUUGUAUGCGGGAUACUUUAAAGUUUGGUAUGUGUGCUUGCAAUUUAAAAUAAAACGUGUAUAGAUUUGAAUUUCUAAACUUUUGAUAAUAUUUUUCUUU